GCGGCGGCGGGGCGGCGGGUGGCGGCCUGCGAUCGCCCGCCGGGAGCCGAGGACCAGCCGGGGCCAGCCCUGCGGUGUGGACCCAGCAUGAGUGAAGUUCCCUGCAAAAAACGUGAUGACUAUUUGGAGUGGCCUGAGUAUUUCAUGGCAGUGGCCUUCUUAUCGGCACAGAGAAGCAAAGAUCCAAAUUCACAGGUUGGAGCCUGCAUCGUGAAUGCGGAAAACAAGAUCGUGGGCAUCGGGUAUAACGGAAUGCCAAACGGGUGCAGUGACGACCUGCUGCCUUGGAGGAGGACAGCGGAGAGCAGGCUGGACACCAAGUACCCUUACGUGUGCCAUGCCGAGCUGAACGCCAUCAUGAACAAGAACUCAGCCGACGUGAAGGGCUGCACGAUGUAUGUCGCCUUGUUUCCGUGUAAUGAGUGUGCCAAGCUCAUCAUCCAGGCAGGUAUAAAAGAAGUUAUUUUCAUAUCUGACAAAUACCAUGACAGCGAUGAGAUGACCGCCGCGAGGCGCCUGUUUGAUAUGGCUGGGGUGGCCUUCAGGAAAUUCACACCAAAGUUCAGCAAGAUUGUCAUUGACUUUGAUUCAAUUAACAGCAAACCGAGCCAGAAGCUUCAGUGAGUUACAUCUCAUUAAAUCUCCAAAAGAUUGGGAUUAUCCUCUUCUAAGAAGCUGCUAAUACCUUUCAUCUUGAAGUUACACAUAACUUUUUAAUAGCCAGUACAGCAAGAGUAGGUAUCUGAAGGAUGUAAAGCCUCGAAUCUUCCCGACUGCCUCUCUGGUCACAUGGAAUCUGCAUCUGUUUAGACAGUUGAUUUAGGGCUUAAAACCAAGGAGCGUGUAGAUGCCCUUUCGCUUAGGGCUGGCCUGGGGUGCCUCUUGCUUUGUCUCCUGGUUUGCUGGGAUGCUGGUGGCUUUGGACAGCCGCUCCUCGCUGCUAUAGGUGCUGGGACGACAAAUCAGUAAUUGUUGUGUUCCUGGUAGGAUGAACGGAUGCACUGAUUUAAACGUCUGACCCAAAUGAAGCAUGACUAAUGUGUAGUGCCCUUGUGGG